AUGGGGUUUCCCGCUGAGAAAUUAGAGGGUGUUUACAGGAAUCAUAUAGACGAGGUGUACAGGUUUUUAGAGAAGAAGCACAAGGACCAUUACAAGAUAUACAACUUAUGUUCAGAGAGGUCAUACGACGCGAGCAAAUUUCACGAAAGGGUGGCGAAGUACGCGUUAGAAGAUCACACGCCACCAAACAUGGAACUGAUCCAGCCGUUCUGCGAGGACGUGCACAAGUGGCUGUCGGAAGAUACAAGGAAUGUCGCAGCGGUACAUUGUAAAGCGGGAAAGGGACGCACAGGCACAAUGGUGUGUUGUUACUUACUGUACAGCGGGCAGAAGGCGACAGCGGAUGAAGCGCUCAAGUUCUACGGCACGAAGAGAACCCACGAUGAGAAAGGUGUAACGAUACCGUCACAGCGUCGGUACGUGGAGUACUACGCGGCGUUGUUGCGAUCAGGUCUGCAGUAUACGAAGACGAAGAUCCACAUACGAGAGCUGGUGAUGUCACCGCCGCCUAUGUUCAACGGGGGACAAUGUUCACCAGAGCUCACAGUGUCACAGGUGGAGGCGCCGUCGUUCAAGACGGGCGCGGGGUACGAGGUGGUGCGCGAGGGGGCGCGCGGGCGCGUGCGCGUGUGCCUGACGCACUGCACGCCGCUCGUGGGCGACGUGCGCGUCGACGUCUACAACAAGCACAAGAUGAAGAUGCGCAAGGAGAAGCUCUUCCACUUCUGGUUCAACACCUUCUUCGUGGCCGCCGAGCUCGGCGCCCAGCGCCUGCAGCCGCUCGACGACAGUCCGACGCUGGAGGCGUUUAAGCUGACGCUGAACAAGUGGCAACUGGACGAGGCUCACAAGGACAAACAACACAAACAUUACGCCGCAGACUUUAAGGUGGAGCUGAUCGUGCAAAAGAUGCCGGUGACGUCAACGUUCGUGGGCGCCGGUGCCCGCGCCACGUCCCCCCCCGCCUCGUCCUCGUCGUCGUGCUGCAGCGAGCCCGACACCGAGCCCGACACCAACUGGGACUCGGGUGAGGCUCUGCGUCACGUGCGCCACGCCUGGCGCGCGCUCCGCCCCUCCCGCGCCGCCCCCCUCGCCCGCCUCCCCCGCCUCCCGCUCGACACUCAGUGA